AUGGAGUUUACCAAUAUACUCAAAGAUGUCGCCUUGUUACUCUUGUAUCUGGGACACCAGGCUAAAAUCCCGUUAUUCUGGUUUCGAGUAAUCGGAGCAGGAUUUGCUCUGGGAGUUGGCAUCGCAUCUCUGGCUAUUAUUAUCCUACUUGUUCGAGUUCUUUCAGUUCCCCGUACGUUGGUUUCAUUAUCAGAUGAAAAGCAGGAUGUGAUCGGAAAACCACUAUUGUUCCCUGUCAGAUUCAACCAUACCCGAUUUAUUCCUGUUAAAGAUCAGUUUUCGAAUCGUUUUCUUUGCGUCGGAGUUCCAGUUGGUCUUCGAUGCCGUAUCGGAAACCUCCUGGCUGUGGAUGAUAGCUCUCUUGAUGUCUCACCUCCCCCGGGAAGUACUGGGUGGUCAUGGAAGCGAACUUUCUCUCACUUGAGCUGCUGGUUCACCUUGGACUCGGCACGUCACCUUCAUCGAGGUGAUCAUGGAUUAGAUCUGCGACAGAAAUUGGACAAUUAUCUUCUGGCCCUGAAUGAAGACCCAGCUCAAUGGCCUCAUGCAUAUCUGAUGGGAAUUCCUCAGUUCAUGGGUUGGUCUCGAAGUGUGGUCACCUGGUGGUACCUUUAUAAUGAGGCGAAGGACCUUGAUGCGGUCAUUCUGGAGAUCAACAACUCCUACUGGGAAAAGCGCAACAUUUUCCUGAGAGUGAAUCCCACUUCCGAUGCUCCAAUCAAGCAAAUCGCAGCACCCACCGAGGGAAAGUAUCUCGACAGCCGCGGAAUGGUGCGAUCUUUGGACUCUGCUCCCCGGGCCAACUAUUACAAAGGAAUCUGGAGCAAAUACAUCUUCGCAUCUCCAUUCGAGAAAGUCGAUGGAUUGGUAUCUAACCGCAUGAUGGAUCCUUUGCAACCGGGUGCCUGGAAGAAAAAUACCUCAUUCUCUAACAUGACUACCAUGGAGGACUCGGGUGAGGUGAGAAUGGCAACACGUUUAACCUGUGAGGGACCUCCAAUUGAUCCUACUCAAAUGAGCUGUUUCGAUAUCGUCAAGUUUGUCUGGCACUGGACGGUCCCUGGUAUUUUGACGACUGCAUUUAUUGUCAUCAAGGCCCUCAAGAUCCGCUUUUCUGGAGCAAUGAUUAUGAACAAAAAGCCUCCUGUGCGGACCGGCAGUGUUGGUCGACCGAUCACAGAGGAAGAAUUCAAAUUGGAGCCUCUUUUCCGCUCAUAUCUCGAGCAAUGUAUUCAGGCUUCCUCAGAGCCUGUAGAACUCACUUACAUGCCCUGUCGAUCAUUCACCAAUGACUUCAUCCGCAUGCGAUCUCCAUCUUACAAGGAGGGCGCUCCAAAUGCACUGUCUCUGACAGUUGAGCCCGCAGACCCGGGAUUUUACACAAGAUUCAUCACAUACCCAGACAUCAAGACCGCAUUGGAUGAAGAGACAAAACCAACGGGACUCAAUGCUGAUCCCAACUCUCAACGACUCCUUGUGUCCAAUCCCAAUCUUCUUGCUUCACUAUGUGACUCUGCAUCCCACCAAAAGACCGAUUCAUCACCGAAGACCACAAGCUGGAAAACAAAGUUGCUCCUAUUAUGGUGCCGCGGAAAUUCCGGGCCCACAUUCAUGGAUGACUUCGUUUUGGCUACUCCCAACACAUCAUCUCGCACAUACCUCUCUUCUCUCAUCAGAUGGUCAAGUGCCAAGAAACUUGCAUUCGGUUCUCCCAAACUUUUCGGCAUUUUCACAUUCAUUGUCUCGUGCUUGAUUCGGUUGUUCGUUUGGGAAGGUCUGUCUCACGGAUACCGGCAAACCCUAUCCAUGCUCGACGUGGAGCCCUCUAUUCCUACUCUGGUUACUGUU